UAAAGUCAAUCUGUGGAGGGGGGUACAUAAUGGCUAUAGGCAGCCUCCCUGGGGUGUAGAUGGGCAGGAGCCAGAGGAGAGGGGUAUUUUCUGGUAUCAAAGCAAGGCAGAAGUAUCUGGAUAGGAGACAGCCUUCUACACAAAGACAGAAGAGUCAGGACAGCAAGAUGUCUGCCUGUCCCAGCCUUCCAGAGUGUGGCUAGAUGGAUGAAGGGGAAGUCUUGGGUGGCCAAGUAAAUGCUUCCACAACUGGAAAAGCUCAUCGGCUUUGGAGGAAGAUUGUACAGAGAAGUUCUGAAGUUCUUCCGUGCCACAAGAAGCCUAUAGUACUGGAAUUGCAGGUAGCUGGCAUGUGUGAAGUUCUCCUUCUGUUGCUGCUGUUGGGUCUAGUGGAUGGUGUCCACCACAUACUUCCCCUAAGCUCAGCACAAAGGAGCAGAGAUGUGGGCCCUGAAGCUUCAGUGGAAAGCAGCAGGCCUAGCCUGUGGACCCUUCCAGGCAGGUUCCUGUUCCAGAUCCUCCCGUGGGGAGCAGGUCCCAGGUGCUGGCCCCACAGGCUUCCAUCUGAGUCCCAGUUUUGGUAUGUCUUUGGUGGUGGGACCCAGCUCACAAUCCUAGGUCAGCCCAAGUCUGACCCCUUGGUCACUCUGUUCCUGCCUUCCUUAAAGAAUCUCCAGGCUAACAAGGCCACACUAGUGUGUCUGGUGAGCGAAUUCUACCCAGGUACUUUGGUGGUGGACUGGAAGGUAGAUGGGAUCCCCAUCACUCAGGGUGUAGAGACAACCCGACCCUCCAAACAGACCAACAACAAAUACAUGGCCAGCAGCUACCUGACACUGAUGUCUGACCAGUGGAUGCCUCACAGUACAUACAGCUGCCGGGUCACUCAUGAAGGAAGCACUGUGGAGAAGAGUGUGUCACCUGCUGAAUGUUCUUAGACCACAAUCCUCCCUGAAGCCUUAGGGGCCUGGAUCUGAAGUGCCAGAAAAAAAGGGUUUAAGUUAACCCUUUUUAACCACCACUGUCUUUCCUGUGCCUACUACUCAAUAAAUAUCUUACCACCAA